AUGGAUCUCAAGUGGGCCAAGCACACGGACCUUGAACAUGCCCAGCACACGGACCUCGAGCGGGUCCAACACACGGACCUUGAGUGGGCCCAGCACACAGAUCUUGAACAUGCUCAGCACAUGGAUCGUGAGUGGGCACAGCACACGGACCUUGAGUGGGCCCAGCACACAGACCUCGAACAUGCUCAGCACAUGGACCGUGAGUGGGCACAGCACACGGACCUUAAGCGUGCCCAACACACAGACCAUGAGUGGGCGCAGCACACGGACCAUGAGUGGGCGCAGCACACGGACCGCGAGUGGGCACAGCACAUGGACCUUGAGCCUGCCCAGCACACGGACCAUGAGCGUGCCCAGCACAUGGACCAUGAGCGUGCCCAGCACAUGGACCAUGAGUGGGCGCAGCACAUGGACCGCGAGUGGGCCCAGCACACGGACCUUGAGCAUGCCCAGCACACGGACCGCGAGUGGGCCCAGCACACGGACCUUGAGCAUGCCCAGCACACGGACCGCGUGUGGGCCCAGCACACGGACCUUGAGCAUGCCCAGCACACGGACCAUGAGUGGGCCCAGCACACAGACCAUGAGUGGGCGCAGCACACAGACCAUGAGUGGGCCCAGCACACAGACUGUGAGUGGGCCCAGCACACGGACCUUGAGCGUGCCCAGCACACAGACCAUGAGUGGGCUCAGCACACAGACCAUGAGUGGGCCCAGCACACAGACCAUGAGUGGGCCCAGCACAUGAACCUCGAUCGUGCCCAGCACAUGGACCUUGAGCGUGCCCAGUACAUGGACCGCAAGUGGGCCCAGCACAUGGACCGCGAGUGGGCCCAGCACAUGGAUCUUGAGUGGGCCCAGCAGACGGACCAUGAGCAUGGCCAGCACAUGGACCUUGAGUGGGCCCAGCACAUGGACCACGAGCAUGCUCUUACUUUUCCAGGGCAAGCACAAGACAUGACACCAGAAUUGUUGGCUGCUACAUCAACAGAGGCGACAUCGGUCUAUGAGAGUCUUCAUCAGUACCUGAGGAAGAGACCACAGCCUGUCCUGCCACAGGCAUCUGUACUUUGCCGAGAGGUAACAGAAAUGCUUAGAGAAACUACUCGGUCUAUGGACUUUCGAGAACUGCGCUGGCUCCUUGGAAAACCUGAUUUCCAGGCCCUGCUUUCUGCUCAUGACACUGUGGCUCAGAAAGACUAUGAUCCCAUACUGCCUCCACUGCCAGAUGACAUCCCUGAAGAUGAGGAAGCCUUGAGGAUAGUGUGCCUGGUGAAAAACAAGCACCCCCUGGGUGCCACUAUUAAACGUCAUGAAGUGACAGGGUCCAUAGUGAUAGCUCGGGUGAUCCGUGGUGGUCUCGCAGAUCGCAGUGGAUUGCUGUUUGCUGGGGAUCAGUUGGUCGAAGUUAAUGGAAUACCUGUCACUGGGCUGGAGCCUGAACAAAUCAUUCAGCUCAUGGGCAAGUCUGAAGCCAGUGUCAUGUUCAAGCUUAUUCCAGUGUCACAUCGACCAAGAAGCUCUUCUCAAAACACACUUUAUGUGAGACCACUGAUAGACUACUGCCCGCAGUAUGAUCCUGCCAUUCCUUGUGUGGAAGCUGGCCUGACCUUCAGGAGAGGAGAUAUCCUGCAGAUUGUCGACCAGAAUGAUACCCUGUGGUGGCAGGCCAAGAAUAUCACAACUUCCUCGAAGUGCGCAGGCCUAAUUCCCUCCAAUAACCAGCUAAAGAGGAAGCAGAGAGAGUUCUGGUGGUCUCACUCCUUCCCAUUGCACACUUGUAACAAAUCAACACUCUUGAGCCCUGUGGAAGAAGAAGAGGACAUGACAAUUGCUGAGAAGCUUGUUGAAACAGAUGAAGAAAUCUUUGAAUCAGAGGAACUGAGAGAAGAAGAUGCUGAAUUCAAUGGAUAUAACCAAGGACUGUACAUUCCCGGAUUCAGAAGGAGCAUGCGACUGUGCCGCAGGAAAUCGAAGAGCAGUCAGUUACGGAGCUCCACUCGCUGUCCGAGCAGUUGUUAUACCAGCACAGUGUCACCAUAUGAGGAGGUUAUGAGAUACCAACGCAGCCCCACUGACCGACACAGGCUGAUUGUCCUGGUGGGUCCCUCAGGAGUGGGAGUGAAUGAACUGAGGAGAAGGUUGAUUGAGUCGGAUCCACAUCUCUUCCAAAGUCCUGUACCACAUACCACUCGGCCACCAAACAGCUAUGAGGAAGAUGGACGGGAGUACUACUUUGUUUCCAAAGAAACAUUUGAAGCCAUGGCAUUGAGUCACAGGUUCCUGGAGUAUGGACAAUACAAAGGGCAUCUAUAUGGCACGAGCAGAGAGGCUGUGCGCUUGAUUCUGGACUUGGGGUUAAUUUGUGUCAUUGACCUGGAGCCACAGAGAAUUCCAGAGGCACGAACAAAGGAGUUAAAACCCUUCAUUAUAUUCAUCAAACCUCCAAGCAUCAGGCGCUUGCAACAAACACGAGCAAAAAGCCGUAUCAUCACUGAUUAUUAUGUAAACAGAUCUUUCAAGGAAGAAGACUUACAAGAGAUGGAGGAUGUGUCUGAGAAGAUGCUGGACUAUUUUGGACACCUGUUUGACUGUGUGAUUGUGAAUGAUGAGCUCCCAGACACCCACAUGCAGCUACUUUGUGCUGUCAAACGAGCUCAGUCUGAACCACACUGGGUACCAGCAGCUUGGCUCAAUUCAGACAUGAAUGCAUAA